AUGGCGACGUCCCACGGCGCAACUGUCGAAGACGAAGUAUUGGAAGAUGGAUCCGAGAAAGGCGGAACCUCCGAAGAGACCGAGAAGCCUCUUCUCGCGUACAGAUUAGAAGAGGAGAUGUUGUUGUGGAAGAACCAGAGCCCCAUAGUUCUCUGGCAAUUGCAGCUCUUCCUCGACGCUCUCGUCGCAGCCCAUGACGAGGCCGAAGACUGUACGAUCGACCUCGACAUUGAUGCCUACCUCACCAAGAGAUGGCGCCGCCGCCAGCGCGUCAAGUACACGAGGGGACUAGCGGUUUACAAGGCCCAGCGCAAGGCAAUACUCAAGAUUGAGAUGGGAGUCAUUCGGGACGGUAAUAUGGGGGAGGCACUCCAGGCCGCUUUCGAUCGUGUUCAAAUCGCCCUAAUCGAGAACAUGACGCGCGUCAAUUUGCUGUUGAGCAUGCUCUGA